AUGUCCGACCUUCGAAAGCAGAUUCUGCUUGGUGGCGGCAAGUCAAAUGAGAGCCGCAAGACCAUCUCUCGAAAGGCCAGGUCGCGACCCGAGUCCGGUCUCAACUCGAGCACAAACUCCCCCAUCACGUCUCCAGGCGUUUCUCGACCGAAUUCACGUCCGAGCUCUCGGUAUCCCUCGGAAGAUGAAGAUGGCAGUGACCACAUGACGGACUCGGCUUCGGAUUCCGAAUCUGGUGCCCCUUGGGAACAAAGACUGGAUGCUUGUAUCGGCGAACUUCCAUCUCGCAAACGUAGCAGCGGCGCCGGCAGAAGUGGAAUCCUUAAGGCAUACCUACACCUGAUUCGCCACCAUUACGCAGAGACCAAGCUCGAGAAAUCCGUGUCCGAGAUCAUCCCAAACCUUCUCAAAAGUAUCAAGAAUGGAACAAGCACUGAAGAGAAGUCGUUUGCUAUAAAAGCGCUUGCCGUAACCAUACUCACAUAUACCAAUGAUGACAUGUGCGAGCAGAUUGUCGAGACGCUCAAGAACGUCUGCGAAGAUGAGGGGGACGAAGACGUCAAGGCGGAUGCGCUUUACACUAUGAGCAUCGCCAUUAUUUAUGGCGGUGGACUUGAAGCGGAGAUGGAAGAUUUCCUGGAAUAUCUCAUCACUAUAAUUGAAAGUGACGGCGACCAGGUCAACGCAUUGGACAGCGGAAAGGUUGUCUCAGCCGCCCUUCAGUCAUGGGCUUUCGUGGCCACAAGCCUUGAUAGUCUCGACGCGCAGAGUUACGAGGCGCUCGAAGCUUUCUCCGAGCAACUAGACAGCGGAGACGUGGACGUGCAAAUAUCGGCUGGAGUCAACAUUGCCUUGUUGUUCGAAGUGUCACGAAAUCUCGAGGAAGGCGAUACUGGCGAUAGGUUGAAUCUUCAUGUUGAUUCAAAAGUCCUCGUCAAGCGUAUGAGCGAGCUCGCCAAGGGGUCCAAGUCGAUAUCCAAAAGAAGCCGCAGAAAUCUACGUUCCAGCUUCGCUAGCAUCAUUACCUCGCUUGAAACGAACAAGGGUCCUGGAUGGCGCGAUUCCAUCCCCGAGCAGCCAAAGAAUGCCUAUGAUGAGCCAGACCCUGCUGACGACCCAACGAUUCUUCGGUACCGUCAUAAGCUUACGGUAGCAGGCACUACAUUUUGGAUUGACACAUGGGCUGCCCUUAUCCGUGUGGAAAUGAUGAAGAGGGUCCUCAAAGGAGGUUUCUUGACUCAUUUUGAGGACAAUCCCGUUUUCUUCAGGAGUGUUGGUGGCCUGAUGCACUAUGAAGAUUGA